AUGACGCUAAAACUUCAAGGUGGCCUUAAUGGUUCCGUUAUUCUUACCAGCCUCGACUACAACAACUACACAGGUAAGCUGCUUUCCUACCUAGAACCAGUCCUCCUGAGUUCAGAGUGGAGCAGGUUUGUGAAGUGUUGGCACGCUAAGACAGACGGCUGGACGGCAUUGACAUUCCACAGCAACUGCGAUGGGAGGGGACCCACAGUGACAAUCAUAAAAGUGAACGAUUCCAUAUUUGGUGGAUACACUGACGUAUCAUGGAGCAGUUCCUGUGAUCGGUCUUCCGCCACCAAGGCCUUUUUAUUCUCAUUUAACAACAUCAAAGGAUACAAUCCUGUGAAGCUGACACAAUACCGAAACCAGCGAUACGCAAUGUACAGAUGUUCCUCUUACGGACCCACUUUUGGUUGGAGAGGUGACAUCCACAUACCUGAUGCUGUAAACAAUCAGUACUCUUUUACUAGAUGCGGUGGAACGUACUCCAACCCCACGGGUUAUUCAGCUGGAAAUUGUGGAUUUUUCACGGGGAGUUUUCAUUUUACUCCAUCUGACAUUGAAGUUUUCUUCGAAAUAGGUGGCCUUGGUGCAUCUACUAUACUUGGAAGCCUGGACCCCAAUAAAUACUUGGGAAAGUUGAUAUCGUUUUUAGACCCAGUUCUUCCCAGUGCAUCCCGUACUGACUUUGUUAAGUGUUGGCACGCUAAGAAUGACGGCUGGGCGGCAUCGACAUUCCACAGCAACUGCGAUGGGAGGGGACCCACAGUGACAAUCAUCGAAGUGAACGAUUCUGUAUUUGGUGGAUACACCGACGUAUCAUGGAGCAGUUCCUGUCGUUGGUUCUACGCCACCAAAGCCUUUUUAUUCUCGUUUAACAACAUCAAAGGAUACAAUCCUGUGAAGCUGACACAAUACCGAUACCAGCAAUAUGCAAUGUACACAUGUUCCUCUUACGGACCCACUUUUGGUUGGGGACAUGACAUCCGCAUAUAUGACGACGCCGUAAACAAUCAGUACUCUUAUACUGAAUGCGGCCAGACAUACUCCAACCCUACGGGUUAUUCGGGUGUAAACUGUGGAUUUUUCACAGGAAGUUAUAAUUUUACUCCAUCUGACAUUGAAGUUUUCUUCGAAAUAGGUAAGUUAUUAACUUCUGUUAUUGUAAUUUACAUUCCAGUUUCUUUUACGCACACAGGUGGCCUUGGUGCAUCUACUAUACUUGGAAGCUUGGACCCCAAUAAAUACUUGGGAAAGUUGAUUUCGUUUUUAGACCCAGUUCUUCCCACUGCAUCCCGUACUGACUUUGUUAGGUGCUGGCAUGCUGAGACUGACGGCUGGGCGGCAUCAACAUUUCACAGCAACUGCGAUGGGAGGGGACCCACAGUGACAAUCAUCAAAGUGAACGAUUCCAUAUUUGGUGGAUACACCGACGUAUCAUGGAGCAGUUCCUGUCAUUGGUCUUACGCCACCAAAGCCUUUUUAUUCUCAUUUAACAACAUCAAAGGAUACAAUCCUGUGAAGCUGACACAAUACCGAUACCAGCAAUAUGCAAUGUACACAUGUCCCUCUUACGGACCCACUUUUGGUUGGGGACAUGACAUCCGCAUAUAUGACGACGCCGUAAACAAUCAGUACUCUUAUACUGAAUGCGGCCAGACAUACUCCAACCCUACGGGUUAUUCGGGUGUAAACUGUGGAUUUUUCACAGGAAGUUAUAAUUUUACUCCAUCUGACAUUGAAGUUUUCUUCGAAAUAGGUAAGUUAUUGUACAGAAACACUUAA